GUUAGGAGGUCUGAUGUCUUCUUUUGAUGGUCUUUGGACGAAGGCUUACACUCAUCCUCGCUGUCCUCUGGAUGGCCUCACAGGUUUGCACGUGCAUACUAAGCAUUGUGUUAUCUGCAGCCCAAGCACCCAAAUACUUUGAAGACCUCCAGUCCUCUGUCUCCUCACCUGUCAGAAUGUCUGGACGUGGAAAGAAAAAAGUAGUGGCUGGCAACCCUAGAAGUGCAUCAAAGAAAAGCAAAUCAGCCAAGGCAGGUCUGCAGUUCCCCGUGGGCCGUGUCUACAGACUGCUCCGAAGAGGGAAGUAUGCUCAUAGGAUUGGUUCUGGUGCUGCCAUCUACCUGGCUGCAGUGAUGGAGUACAUGGCAGCAGAGGUCCUGGAGCUGGCAGGGAAUGCUGCACGUGAAAACAAGAAGACGAGGAUCCUGCCCAGGCACAUUCAGCUGGCUGUGAGAAAUGAUGAUGAGCUGAACAAGUUCUUUGCCUGUGUGACCAUUCCUCAAGGCGGGGUUAUGCCAAAUAUCCUUUCUCAGCUCCUUCCGAAGAAAACCAGUAGAAAUGUUUCUUCUUCUCAAGAAUAUGGUGGUGGUAGCCAGUGA